UCUUCUUGCUAGCAACGCCUCCAGUCAGGACGCUUUCGGCGGGUUCCGUUAAAAUGGCUGUUACUGAGAGUGAAACCCCAAAGCAAGAACAAUCGUAGUGGGUACAACUGCAUCGCUGGUGUCUGAUAAGGAAAACUAAAGACUGCAACGCAAUGGCUGCCCUAGAUCAAAAGUCCCCCAACGUCCUCCUCCAAAGUCUUUGCUGCAGGAUCACUGGAAAGAGCGAAGCUGAAGUAGCCCACCAGUUCCAGUAUGCUGUGAGAGUCGUCGGGAGUAACUAUGCUCCCACCAUUGAGAGGGAUGAGUUCCUAGUGUCAGAGAAGAUCAAAAAAGAACUGCUGAAGCAGAGGAGAGAGGGUGACGCUGCCCUGUUCUCUGAGCUCCACAGAAAGCUGCAGACUCAGGGGGUGCUGAAACACAGGUGGUCUGUCUUAUACCUGCUGCUCAGUCUAUGUGAGGACCCCAGGAAACCGUCCAGGGUUGGCAGCUAUGGGGCGCUGUUUGCCCAGGCCCUCCCCCGGGACGCCCACUCCACCCCGUUCUACUGCACUCGGCCCGGGAGCCUUCCCCUCAGCUACCCCGAGCGCUCGGGGCCCGGGGGCUCCCAGAUCUCCACCAGCAUGGGCACCAGUGGCAUCAGCAGCCUGGGGGUGUACUCCCUCAACGGGCCCACACCCACCCCUCAGCCCCUGCUGGCUGGACACCCACCCCAGACAGCAGGGCAGCAGCUGGGCUCUCGGCUGGCGUGGGCCCUCCCCAACUCCUCCGCCCUUGCACCUACCUCACGGGCCCCGCUCGGCCCCUCACCCCUGUCCACCCGGGCCCCCAGGCCACGCCAUGACGGGGACCUCACUGCGGAGGUUGGUGAGGCUGCACUGGUCAGAGACAUCCUGUAUGUCUUCCAGGGGAUCGACGGCAAGUUCAUUAAGAUGAGCAACACAGACAACUGCUACAAGAUCGACUCCAAGGUGGUGCUCUGUAAGUCUCUGAGGGACACCAGUAGCCGAUUGGCUGAGCUGGGCUGGCUCCACAACAAGAUCAGGAAGUACACUGACUCGCGCAGUCUGGACCGAGCCUUUGGCCUGGUGGGACAGAGCUUCUGUGCCUCCCUGCAUCAGGAACUGAAGGAGUACUACAGACUUCUGGCAGUGCUGCACUCACAGUUGCAGGUGGAGGAUGACCAGGGAGUGAACCUGGGAGUGGAGAGCAGUCUGACCCUCAGACGUCUCCUAGUCUGGACCUACGACCCUAAAGUCCGCCUCAAAACCCUGGCUGCCCUCGUUGACUUCUGCCAAGGGAGGAAGGGAGGGGAACUGGCGUCAGCGGUCCAUGCCUAUGGGAAGACAGGGGACCCUCAGAUGAGAGCUCUGGUGCAGCACAUCCUCAGCCUGGUGUCACAUCCCAUCCUCAACUUCCUCUACCGCUGGAUCUACGACGGAGAGCUGGAGGACACUUACCAUGAGUUCUUUGUGGCGUCUGACCCCACGGUGAAGACAGACAGACUGUGGCACGACAAGUACUCACUGAGGAAGUCCAUGAUACCCACCUUCAUCACCAUGGACCAGGCCCGCAAGGUUCUGCUCAUUGGAAAGUCCAUUAACUUCCUGCAUCAGGUGUGCCAUGACAGAACCUCACCAGGGAAAAUCACCCCGGCCUCCAAGUCUACAGACUCCCCCAAAGAUGCUGCAGAGCUGUUAUCAGACCUGGAGGGGGCGUUCCAGGGGAAGAUAGAUGCAGCCUACUUUGAAACCAGCAAGUACCUGCUGAAUGUGCUCAACCAGAACUAUCUGCUGCUGGAGCACCUGCAGGCCAUGAGACGAUACCUGCUGCUGGGCCAGGGAGACUUCAUACGCCACCUCAUGGACCUGCUAAAACCAGAGCUGGCCCGCCCAGCCACCACUCUGUACCAACACAACCUGACAGGCAUCCUGGAGACAGCCGUGAGGGCCACCAACGCCCAGUAUGACAACGCUGAGAUCCUCAAGAGACUGGACGUACGCCUGCUGGAGGUGUCUCCCGGAGAUACGGGCUGGGACGUCUUCAGUUUAGACUACCACGUAGAGGGUCCUAUCGCCACGGUGUUCACACGGGAGUGCAUGAGCCACUACCUGCGGGUGUUCAACUUCCUGUGGCGAGCCAAGCGUAUGGAGUACAUCCUCACCGACAUCUGGAAGGGACAGAUGUGCAACGCCAAGCUGCUUAAGAGCAUGCCAGAGCUGUCUGGCGUGCUGCACCAGUGCCACAUCCUGGCCAAUGAGAUGGUCCACUUCAUCCACCAGAUGCAGUACUACAUCACCUUUGAGGUGCUAGAGUGUUGUUGGGAUGAGUUGUGGAACAAGGUAGAGAAGGCCCAGGAUCUAGACCACAUCAUCGCUGCCCACGAAGGAUUCUUAGACUCUGUCAUCUCCCGUUGCCUACUGGACACCAACAGCAGGUCCUUGUUGAACCAGCUGAGGGCGAUCUUUGACCAGAUCAUAGAGUUCCAGAGUGCCCAGGACUCUCUGUACCGCUCUGCCCUGGAGGAACUCACCCUGCGGCUGCAGUACGAGGAGCGGAAGAAGCAGAGGGAUUCUGAGGGUGAGUGGGGCGUGACGGCUGAACAGGAGGCAGAGGAGAACAGGAGGAUCCAAGAGUUCCAGGAAACCAUACCAAAAAUGCGCUCUCAGCUACGGAUACUAACACACUUCUACCAGGGCAUAGUGCAGCAGUUCCUGGUGCUGAUAAUGACUAGUCCAGACGAGAGCCUGCGCUUCCUCAGCUUCAGACUGGACUUCAACGAGCACUACCGGGCCAGAGAUCCCCGUCUGAGGGCCUCGCUGGGGACCACCAGGGGCCGACGGCCCUCCAACAUCUGACCUGACGCACACCACCAUGUCAUCACAUGGGGACAGAGAGCCACACAGAAUCUGCCUUGAUAGUAUUUAUAUAUGACAUGAAGAUGACAUUAAAUUAGGGCUAGAUGGAAUCUGUUGUGAUGAUAUCACAAUAGAACCAGACAGAACAUUGACAUCACAAAAGAGCCAGACAGAAUCUGUUGUGAUGACAUCAUAAUAGAGCCAGGUGGAGAUGAUGCCACAUUCAAAACAACUAGGAACUCUGAAAUCUCUGACUUCAGUGUGUUCAAAACAACUGGGAACUCUGUAUAAAAAAAAAACAAGCUCCAACUUGGAAAACCUGUUUUGAGCGGUCAUCCAACUCGGAAUUCCAAGUCAGGAACUCGGGGCCUCUUUCCAGUGCUCUGACUUUCCGACCUGAUGAUCACUGACGUUAUGAUUUGACCUAGUUUUUUUCUGAAUUCCCAGUUGUCUUGAACGCACAAUAAGAGGAUGAUGUGGUGACUUCACAGAUUCCAUUUGGCCCUGCAUUUUAACACCUCAAGACAAAUAGGGCUAACUGGGAUUCAUUUCACUAUGACAUAAACAAACAGAACAUUUUGAAACCCUGCCUCCUCCCCCAAUGUCAUUGGCAAAUUACUCACACAAACAAACACACACGCUCAAUUCACCAUACACACACACACAUCCACGUUUCCCACUCUUUCACAGUCCCCUCUUGGGAGGUGUGGUUUUAGAAGCCUUUCGUUUUAGUAGUCUGCCUCCAGCCUCCAGCUGUGUUCACCCUCACCUCUUUGAGGUGUCUGAUAGGCUACCAUCACCGUGUGAAUUUCAUAUUGUACAUUUGAUAAUGAACAGAAUGUCUUGAUUUGAUUGGUUUGUUUAGAUGUUCUGUGAAUAUUUUGUUUCGUUUUUCUUACUGACGUUUGUUUAUUUUUCAUACCAGUGUCUUAAAGUCUGCGGUGUGUUUUAUAACUGUUAAUAAACACUUAUAGCUGUUUAACAACUGUGUUAUGGAACCAACACAGCAGGCUCCCACCCACCUCUCUAAAGAGAUUCAAGAACAAUGCCCACAGCCCCUAAGGCUAAAAGACGGACAGACAUUAUGAUUUUAUUGGUGUUUUGUAUUAUUUAACUGGGUUUCUCUUGAUUCUCCUUGCAGACUAUGGCCUCUGUUCUGCAUGUCAAACUGUCAUGUUGAACCAGCUCAAUUCCUUAAUUGUACAAGACAGAUUUGUCAAACGUGUUGCACCCAACUUAUGCCACUUUUCUCUUCUGACCACUCAGACGAACCUGGGAAAAUACUUUUGUCAUACUGCGACAUUAAACCUUGAAGAAGCUACAAGUGGAAUGGUGACAUAACUAGCCAUUCAAACCCCCCUAUGAUGGAGUAUACUGUAGUAUUCAGGUGUAUCUCAAUAGUCAGAGAUGGCUUCCUCACCUCCCUUCCCUUUUCACUGAUCUGAAAGCGAUAUGGAAGAUGCUUACCAGGACUUGCUUUCAUUCACCUGUCAGCAGAGCAGGUGAAGGAAAGGAGGCAAGGAAGCUAUUGUGUGCGUCCUAAAUGGCACCAUACAUAAUAGGGCGCCAUACAAAAUAGGGUGCCAUUUGAGAUGCACCCUUUAGUGUUUUAACCUCUCCCAGCAGGCUCCCCUGUCUUUCUUUCCAAUCACAAGUUCUCAUCGGGGUGUGCCAAGAGAAGAUGCUACUGCAAGACCUCUGUCUGUAAAUCCUGUCCAUUGUAUAGCACAGAUGUAUAGAAAUGACAUGCCAUGGACACAAACAUCCUGUCAUCUCUUUAAUAAUAAAGUCAAGUUUUUUACAGUU